AACAAUGAUAAUAAAUUACCGAUUCACCCGUCACCGUAGUGGCGUAGUUUUUCAUUGAAAUUUUCUAUUAAGUUAAGCCAGUUAAGGUUUUCUUUUACUUCAAAUUUUAAAUUUAAUUUGAUUUUGACUUGUUAAAAUGAAUAAAUAAUUUUUAUUUGUUUUCAUUCAUCAGUUUAAUUUCCUGUGCCAUCAUGUUCACAACAUUACGUUCACUCAUUCACCCUGGGAAUGGUUUAGUCCUAUCAGUUAGGGGCCUUAAGUCUGAUUUACAUAUAAAAUGGGUCCGACCAGAAAAAAUUGCUUGCUGGGAUCCCAAAAAAUCUGGUGACUUAUCACCUUUGGAACAACUAGAUAUGACCAAACCUCCGUUGGAAUUUCAAGAUUCCGAGGAACUAAAAACAGCUAACGAAUAUGUGCGUAAAGUCUUUUCAUGUGAUUUUAUGGGACGGCGAUAUGCAACACAACUAGCUCGUCAACAGCUCAUUGAUAAAGUCAAAGCCAAUAAUUUGGAUUAUACAUCAUGUGAAGUUCAAAUUGCCAGUAUGACAGCAAACAUUCGUAAUCUUCAAGAACACUACAAAUUAGCUCCAAGAGAUAAAAACUCUAGAGUAGCAUUAAAAGAAAUAAUAGAUAAACGUAAAAAGAGACUGAAACAUUUACGAACUUGGGACUAUAAGAAGUUUGAAUGGUUAUUGGAAAAUUUGGAUUUAAAGUAUCAUUCUCACCCACCGUAUGAACGGGUAGAAAGAAAAAAGUCAUUACGUCGUCUAACAUCUCAAUGGUGUGAUGAAGUAAGAUCAAAAAAAUUGGCUGAAUACCGUAGUGAGUUAGAUAAAGAAAAAGAAAAAUUUUUGCAACAAAAAUUGGAAACAUUAGAAUGGGCUAAAAAAGAAGAAAUCGAAUGUGGAGUAACACCAACAAUAACUGAUGCUGACAUUGAAAGUGCCCGUAAACAAUUAGAAGAAUGGAAAACCCUAAAAUCAAUUCAAAAAUAACAUAGUGUAAAUAAGAAUUGUUAAAAUAAAAAUUUAAAUUCUUUAAUGUUAAAAACAAUUCUAUAGUAUUAAAUUAUUUUUUUGAUA